AUGGAACAAGGAUUCUCUCAGCCUGUUGACGUCCCAACGCUUUCUACCCUAGGUCACAGGAGCGAUGCAGCUCUUCACCAGAUAGUCAAAUACUCUGAGACUCACGACUGGGGUAGACUAAGCGUUACCUUAGAAGAUCAACAGGGCCGGUUUAGAAUAUGGGCAUCAAAUCUGGGAGCUCUACAGCCGCCAGAGUCCAUGAAGUCGCUCGAUCAACGACUUAAAGACGCGCCUCUCAUGCGGAGGAGCGUUGCCUCGGGAUUAGAAAGACUUCAGGGCUCGGCUGAGAGAGCAUUGGCCAUACUAAACAAAAGUACCCCGAACCGAUCAACCUCAUCUAAAGAUGGUGGCGACGCACAAGCUACCACCGAGCUAGAUGAGCUGCUACUCAGUAUCCGUUCAGCGAUCAACCACUUAUUCAGCUUGUCGAUUCUGAUACGAAGGCAACAACCCAGAGGACGACUUCCUGAAAUCGAAGGAUUGGCCCUGGAGAGCUCACCCGACAUCAGCUACCUGACCGACAAGUUUCCAAAGGCCAGGUCAAACAUGUGGCUUGCAAGACGCUUAGGAAAUAACAUCACUCAACAAAGGAGGCUUAUACAAUAUAGACAACACCACCGUGAAAGUCUCGCGAAGAGAGAUGUCAAAAGUUCUGAUCCAACCGACUCAGCUACUAUCGUUGCCACGACCUUUCAAGAGGAAAGUAACGCUUCUAGAACGAACCAAACGCCACAAGAUGCAGAAAGCAGUCGAAUGUCGGUUUUUACUUCUGCAACUUCCUUCCUCAGUUUGGAAGACGGCACGACCACUGCACGGUCUAUUCCUGAUCUUUCGGACAUGGUUCUUGAUGGGGUACAAUUGGAUUAUGGAGAGCCCUUCGAAUGCCCGUACUGUCGAACUAUCCUAAAUGUAGGGAACCGAUAUGAGUGGAAGCGGCACGUCUUCACCGAUCUCCAACCUUAUGUCUGCACCUUCCAGGACUGCGCGGUGAGUAGCAAACCAUUCUCAACUCGGGCAGAGUGGUUCCGACAUGAAUCUACCGUCCAUCGCCUACAGUGGAGUUGCAACUGGUGCAGCCAGCCCGACACAACCUUCAAAAGUGCGGAAGAGUUGAAGAAGCAUCUCAACAACACCCACGCCGGCAUGGUAACAGCAGCACAGAUGCCAUUGAUCAUAGAGACUUGUGAACGUCCCGUUCAGUCCUUUGCCUCAGAUAGCUGUCCUCUUUGCGCCGAUUGGGAACCACCAUCCACGAAAGAGAACGCAAAGGGUUUCAGUCGUCAUCUGGCCCGACACCUGCAGCAACUGGCACUUGAGGCACUUCCGCUUGCAAUUGAUGGACUAGAGAUACAGGGCGCUUCUAGCUUAUCUGAUGAUGAAUCUUCCCUCAGUCAUGGGUCCAGUAAUGAAGGAGGUGUGAGGAACCAGCCGGCUAACCCACCUUCAAUUCUAAUUCGAGGUGGGGGCGGCCGGGUCAAUUUAGACACUAUCGUCAAGAUGAACGAGCACCUUAUAAGAGUCCAUCAACUUGACAUUGACUAUCCAGCCCUCAGCCGACGCGACUCUGCUCCGGUUAUCCAGGAAGCGAAUAGUGAUUCCCAUAGUGGAUCAAGUGGCAAUGCCACAAAGGAACGUGAAGUUCUGGUUCAAGAGGGAGUCCAUAUCCGCAGCAACGCGCUUACAGACUCGGGAGAGGUGACAGAGGAGUCAGGACUUGAACAAAUAAAAGGCAAGGCGCCAGUCACACCGGAAGCAGCUGAGUCCAGCCAGAUUAAGGAAAGCAUUGGAGCCUCGGAAAACCUUGUCGCCGAAGAUGCUGGUAACAGAAGGGAAUGGUCCGAACCCCUUGGUGGAGAGGAAAUAGCACAAGAAGUGAAAGCCGCUGGGGCCAUGAUCGAAAAGCUGCAUGAUGCUACCGUUGCACACGAGGCCGCGAAAAAGGCUGCAGAAGAGCUCAAGAAAAGGAUCGUGGAGGACCCAGAAGCAUUUGCACAAUUGGACCCGGAGUUAAUGGCACAAUUUGAAGAUCUCAGGAAAAGGACAGAAAAAGCACCGGUCAGGUUCAAGGAUGCUGUCGGCCGCAAAUUCAGCUUCCCAUAUCGCCUCUGCGCCACUUGGCAGGGCAUGGAAGAACUUAUCAAGCAAGCAUUUUUGCAUGUCGAUAUGAUCGGUCCUUACGUUAUGGAGGGUCGCUACGACCUGAUGGGUCCUGACGGUGAAAUUAUUCUCCCCUCUGUAUGGGAGAAGAUGAUUCAGCCUGAUAUGUCGAUUACUAUGGCAAUGUGGCCAAUGGAUAAUUAUUCGGCUCCAGGCAAGGGUCCCUUUCCAUCUGAUGGGCAAGGUGGUGCACCUUAG